AAGUGUAGUGCUGGGCCGCCUGAGAUCACUCCUCGGUGCUGUUGGAGGUAGACUGUAGCAAGCAGCAUGUUUCUACUCACACUUGGACUAUAUUUUCCACUCCUCUGCUAUGUGUCAUCAUUCUCUUACGUGGAUAACAUUUUUCCUUUACCGACAGAUCUUCAGUUGCUGAAAACCAGAAAGAAAUUCAACCCCUGCUGUUUACUGAGUCCACCUCCACCCCCUCUCUUCCCACCACCCCCUUCACUGUGGCGAUGGACGCCUCGGACUGAUAAUGGCAUUAAACCAAUUGAAGGGAACUCAGAGGAGAAGCACAAUCCUACAAACCACGGAUGUUCCCCGGGGCCCCCAGGAACCGCAGGACCUCCUGGCCCUCCAGGUCCUCCAGGACUGCUGGGACCAAAGGGACCAAAGGGGGAUAAGGGUGAAAUUGGAAGACCUGGACAAAAGGGACGCACUGGCCCUCCAGGUCUCCCAGGGCAACUGGGACCAAGUGGAUGGCAAGGACAAACAGGGCCCAAAGGAGAGAAAGGCGACCCUGGGCUGAUGGGCAUGCCAGGGGCAAGAGGACCAGUUGGACCCAAGGGCUUACCUGGAUAUAAGGGUGAAAAAGGCUCACAAGGUUUCAGAGGGGAAACUGGCUUAAAAGGUGACAGGGGAUCAAUCGGUCUUCCUGGAAUGCUUGGCCAGAAGGGUGAGAUGGGCCCAAAAGGAGAACCUGGAAGCUCAGGGAACAGGGGACCCACUGGCCGCCCAGGAAAAAGAGGAAAGCAGGGUUCAAAAGGUGACAAUGGUGCAAUUGGACCCAUGGGACCUGUGGGGCCUCAAGGGCCCCUUGGUCACCCUGGCCCUCCUGGAUUGCCUGCCUCGGGACUGUACAUGGUAGGACAGAAAGGGGAGAAGGGACAACCUGGCAGCCCAGGCCGUUGCAGCUGCAAUGCCCUCUCGAGUGCAAACAACCCCUCCUAUGACCAGCACUUGCUCUGGGGAAGCUACCCCAGAGUGCCAGCGAUAUUUGUGGUAAAUAAUGAACAGGAGCUGAAUCGCCUCCAGACUGAUAACGCUCUGGCAUUCCGUAAAGAUCAGAGGUCACUUUACUUUAAAGACAUUGACGGCUGGAUGCCAAUUCAGUUAACACCCUUUCAGUCGAUGGAGCAUGAUUCUGACCAGGAGGGUUUCUGUGGAGACAGCAUUGUGCAAGUUGUGAACGGAGAGGAGUGUGAUGAUGGAAAUAAGGUGGUCACAGAUGGCUGUGUCAAGUGCAAACUUGCAUAUUGUGGGGAUGGAUAUCGCUAUGAAGACGCAGAAGAGUGUGACGGGAAGGAUUUUGGCUUUCACACAUGCAGAUCAUUUUUGCCUGGAACUUAUGGACAUCUCAAGUGCAACUCUGACUGUUUCAUUGACUCAACAAAUUGCAAAUAUUUUACAUGAAGACACAAAAAUGUAGUGUAGCAUUUCAACUUGCACGUCUCGAGAUCCAUAUAAACUACAACACUGAAAACCACAGAUUCAGCAUUCUAACUGAGAGUAGAUAGCAUUGACAGAAUUAUCACAAACACAUUAGCUGAACUCAUUUGUUGCCGAGUAGCCACGUAUCUCACUUGAGAAAAGAACGCUUGGCAAAGCCAUGGUUCUCACACAGGACCUCUCGCUCACGGUCUUAAGAACUCUAACAGGACUUCAGACCCCUUUCUCCAUUCAUUCAGCCUCUGCUAUCUGGUGCAUGGCCCUGGCUCCACAUUUGGCCACCACGGUUGACCGCACUAAGAGGAACUGGAGAGUUGGGUGUCUCGGGAGGUAAAGGACUCCUCAAUACCUCAGCGUAGUACUGUUUCCAUUUUCUCCUGGUCCAUCCCAUCUUCCCUCACACAGGGUGCUCUGUAUGUGGAAUGAAAUGUGAUGUUACUGUAGUACUUUGCAUGGGGCUGAGAUUGCUGUAGCUGUGUCAGCAGAACUCAUUAUUAAGGCAUGUGCAAGAUCAACACAAGAUUGCUCAUGUGUUCAUGUUGAAUAUUAUGUAGAAUUAGACCAAAUUGGUGCCACAAAAACCUAAGAUCACCUUAAAAAGACCAGCUUAGUCUAUUAUGAAGUUCCAUGCUAGUCCAGACUGGUUUACAUUCUUUAGUGCUGGAUUGGUGCUGGUCUAACUGGUGGACCAGCUAUACCAGAACUUAACUAGUGAUGGUGGUCAGUCAGCAUAGUCCUUCUGAGUAAACUGGUUGGUCAUGGAACUCUUGCUGGUUAAGCUAGUUAAGAACCCUGCUGGGGAUCAACAUAUGCUGGUGCUUUCAGCAGGGACAGAACUUCAGUAUAUGGACUAGCUUAAUGCUCAAAUACUUAAAGGUUAUAUCUGUGACAGUGCAGUUUAGCAGGCCCCAGGUUUUUUCCACAAAACAAAACUAUAGUUGCUUAAAUGAAUGUUCUGUUCAAUAGAAGUUAAGCUCAAUUUACGCAUUUGUGGCAUAAUGUUGAUUACUACAAAACAACCUCGACCCAUUUAUUGUUUUUAAAUUUAGUUAUUUAAAAAAAAAAGUUUAUAUAAAAAACUUAUUUAAAAAAAGCAAAAAUAGUGGUUACAGUAAGACACACUUACAAUGGCAGUGAAUGGGGCAAGUCCAUAAACAUUAAAAUGCACACUGUUUCAAAAGUAUAGCCACAAGACGUAAACAUUAUGCAUUUUAACACGAUUUUAAUGUAGAAAAAUAACUUACUAACCUUAUCUGUGUAAAGUUGUAUCCUAUAUUACAACUUUGUUGUAACACUAGUAAAUCCCUGAUUUUAUUAUAUUACAAUCAUGUUAACACACAUAAUGUUUACAUCAUAUGGAUAUACUUUCUAAACAGUGUAUAUUUUAAUGUCUAUGCACUGGUCCCAUUCUCUUCCAUUGUAAUUGCCUUACUGUAAGCAUGCUUUUUGAUUUUCUUUGAAAUAAACAAGGGACGAGUGGUAUUAAUUUUUUCUAGUAAUCAACAUUAUGCCACAAAUACUGUCGAUUGAGCUUAGCUUGUAUUGAACUACUGUAACAUUCGAAGACCCUCCUCUUCAGGCACUCAGUGGAGGCAGUUUUGCAGUAAUCUUGCAAACGACUUGGUGUAACAUUUCCAUCCAAAUCUCAGGAAACCACUUAAAGAUAAACCAGAACCCCUCCACCUCCAUGUGUGGAAUGGGGUGCACAUAUUCCACAACUUAGCCUUGUUCAACACUGUUUUCUCGUACUUCAAGAACAUGCUUGUAGUGUUAAAGCCAACCCGAUUUAUUUAUUUGGGUUAUACUGUAGGUCUAAAGAUCUUAACUUAGGGAGAAAAUUGUAGAGCUGUUGUAGAGGUAGUAUUUUGCUGCUAUUUAGGCUAAAGACUGUUGGAUUAAGGCUGGAUUGUUUAUGCUGUCAUUGAUGUCCAAAGGCUUUAAAUGGAUUUAUACCCAGUGCCAAAGUCCAGUCUGAAUAUACCUCAGCAUAUACAGCAUGCUUUAGCCUUUUGUGACUACAGGACCUGAGGUGUAGCAUACAGCACUUACUUAACUAUAAUAUUUAGUGAUAGCUAGCUAGUGAUUUACAAGACUUUUUUGAUCAACUCAAAGCCAGUUUUCCAUAAGCUAUAUGAUGCAUUUGCUACAAAGACCUCUUUGCUUACUUUUUUGGGGGUGAUAUUCCUGACUUAUCUGUAGAUUUCAUGUAAAAUAUUAUAUGGAAAUGGAAAUAAUAUGGAAUUAAGUGUCUUGAUUACCGGUACUCUGGUGCAACUGCAUGUUCAUAUUAUUGUAUACUCUUGUUAAAAAGAGCAGAAUUGCCUCAUUUCAAUGCAUUGAUGCCUUAUAACAGGCAGAGUUUGGCUAAAAGACUGCAAAGAAAAUGUGCAUUUAGCUUGUAACUGACUGUUAUCCUCAUACUUGUACAAACUGAGGAAAGAUGCUACAUCAAAUAUUGCACAAACAAAUAGAAAAAAGACUGAAUGUUUUGUCCUAGUGUAAUGUGAAGGCUCAUUCGUAUUAAACCAUGUUUGAUACUGUCCU